ACAAGACGACCCAGACCCAUUGAAGAUUAUUUGGUAAGAACACCACCAUUGCAGCUGCUGGUAAAAAGACGAUGCGAGCCAGUGAAGAUUGUUUGGUGAAACCACCACACGACUUCCACCAGAAUCAUCUUCACCACCGCUUUGAAUUGCUUCGAUCCAUGGCCGUUUCGUAUCGAACUCAUUUAGGAUGGAAAGAGAAGGAGAUGAGAGUGGAAACGUCUUUGGUCCUUCUUCGAUCCAGGGUUCACCAACUUCUUCAAAGGUCCGCGACGAAGAAGAUCUGAACGAUCAUCAUCAAGAUGAUGAGCGCCAUAACCAAGAGCACCAGCAACCGGGUGUAACUUAUGGCCUAAACGCAUUGGGGUCCAAUGUGGUGUUGACGAGUGUGAGAGAAGAUUUCUGGUCUUGCCUCGUUCUGCUCUCCACUUUCUGGUUCUUCGCAUCCAUGGCUGUUAUAUUCGCCUUCAGUGGAUCUGAGAAUAUACAGUUGGUCCCAAAUAGCUCGCUCCUAAUUCAAGCUAACCGGUUCUUUUUUCAAUCAAUAAAGGCCCAGGAGAUAUCCGAAUCCAAGCAUGGGCCAAUGCUAUAUGGAUUUAAUGAACCUCCUCCUCUGGAUGUUAAAAUCACCUGGUCAGAGACUCAUAAUGCAUUAAUAGAAUCCAGCCAUCACAAGGCAAAAUUUCUCAAGUUGCCUCUUUAUCUUUUUCCUCAUUUGUACUUUCAACUCUCAAUUACACUCCAAGAGUGGCAAUAUUUUCUCAACAAAAGGUCUAAAGUGAAGAUUUCAUACAGCGUGGAAUCCCCCAGCUCUGCCCCUUUUUCUCUUAUAAUACCCAAAGGUAGAAAAAGCCUUCUUGAGUGGAUCGAGGACCCAUCAUAUCCUGAUACAACUUUGUCUUGGAAUAUCGCUUAUGGUAAUGAGGAACUUGCUUUUGUUGAAAUGGUACGAUCGAACCGGAAAUUUUCUUCUCUGACACAUUUUAUUGCAUUGGGUAACUUGAACGCCGAGGAGGUGGAGGUUCAAUUGAAUUUCACGUAUGAAGCUUUUUCUUUCUCGGGCAGAUGCUGCUGUCCUAUCCACUCCUGGUCCAGAACAGGGUAUGACCAACUCUGUCUGGUAUGUCAAACUGUCUUAUGGUAUUCGAUGGAUCACAUAUUUUGUUGCAUCAGGUGUGAUGUCCGAGAGAUGGACCUAGAUUUCAAGCCGGGAACAUGGAAUCCGAACGGGGUGCCAUUGCUUUCGCCAAAAGACGACAAUCUUUCAAGUUGGGGUUCAUCUUAUGAUUCAAUCUUGCAUGAUGAGGAACUGAAUGAGUGGAUUGGAGUGGCUUCUCCGGACAGGAAGCAACAAAAAGAAGGAGAAAGCGCUAAGAAUCCCCAGCGUAUUUGUGUCAUAUGCUUUGAUGCGUCAAGGGACUGCUUCUUUCUUCCAUGUGGACACUGUGCUACCUGUUUUACAUGUGGAACAAGGGUUAUGGAAGAGGCUGGUACUUGUCCCAUUUGUCAUCGUAUGAUGAAAAAGGAGAGGAAGAUAUUCACCGUGUGAACAGAAAAUGUAAAUUCUGGUAUGCCAUCACGCUUGGACGAGCAACUCUCCACUGUCCUCUUGAUUUUUUUUUUGUUUUUUCUAAAUUUCAUACGCAGAAUGCAAAGUUGUGUUUAUAUAUAUACCUGGUGACAAAACUGCAUGAAGGUCCACGCACAGGUUUUUCGCUGGUUGGCAACCUCAUGCCGGAGAUUAUACUUGAGAUUAACUUUCUUUUAUUUUGUUGUUAUACAAGUUUGAAUUAAUUAUAAAUUACACCCUUCAAUGUUUAAAUAUUUCAUAUUUGUGAUCCAAAAAAAAUUUUAUCCAUUAAUAUUUGUUAAAUAAUUU